CAAAGCUCACUAACACAGCGUAUGAAAGUCUCUGCAAACCUGGAACAUUAUCGUCUUCCAGCUGAGAUCCUCAGAUCAUCACAUACGAAUAAUGAGUGCUGCUCAGAGUCAGUCCAAACUGGAGUCCCUGGAGUGUCACUUCACCUGGAAUCUGGACAAGUGCAGAUAUAAACUGAUUCGAAUGAGGAACAAACUGGUGGACAUCGGCACUGAGAAGGGAAACAUCUGGCUGGGUCACAUCUACAACCUGCAGGGGUUCAUCCAUUACAAGCUGGGCUUCAUUGAAGAGGCCCGGGACUUCUUCAGCAGGGCCACUGAGACCUUCCACCAGCUGGGAGAUGCAGAUGAGGGUCCCUGGUUGGUGGUGAACUACGGGAACCUGGCAUGGCUGCACCAACAUCUGGGUGAAGACAGUCAGAGCCAAGGGUACCUGUCAAAGCUGGACACCCUGAUGGAGAAACACCCGCCUCCAAUCCAGGAUGAGCUCCACCCAGAGGUGUGUGCUGAGAAGGCCUGGACCCUGAUGAAGUUUGACAAAGACAAGAAGCUGCAGGCUGCAGAUUACUUCCAGAGAGCCGUCAGGAUGAAGCCAGAGAUGGUGUCAUGGCAGACCAGCCGUGUGCUGGUGUUGGUGGGUGAUUGUAAACACAGUCAAAGAGACCAGGAUGUUGGCAUGUUGGAGGAAAUGAGAAUGGCCCGAGAGGAGGAUCCAGACAACCUGUACCUUGCUGCUGUCGACCUGCUGCUAAGAGCCAAGAGAGGAGAGCAAAUCAAAGAUGAAGCAGAUGAGCUGGAAGAAAAGAUUUUAAUGAAUCCUGUCAGCAGCUACAGCGGCAUCAAAACCCUGAUGAAGGUGUACAAACAGCUCGGCUGCUAUGAUGAGGCCAUUGACCUGGCAGAAAAGGCCCUGAAGAAGCAUCCAGAUGAGCGAUACCUGAAGAGGUGUGCUGCCCUCAGCUACAAAUGGAGGAUCGUUAAUUACUGGCACAGUCGUCCGAAUGAGAGUAUGAUCAGCAGAGCCAUCAGUCUUCUUAAAGAGGUGGUCUCUCUUUACCCUGAUUCCUCGCUCAUGAAGGAGAUUGACCUUGCAAACAUGUAUGCAAGGUCUGGUCACGGCCUGAUGAAAGCAGAGCAGAUGUAUCAGGAGAUGAUGGAGAGAGAUCUGGAAACUGCAGACAAGCAGAUGCUCUAUAACCACUACGCAAAAUAUUUACAGUAUGAUCGAAGGGAGUAUCAGAGGUCGAUUCAGUACCACAUGAAGGCAGCAGAGAUACCUUAUCAGUCCUUCUUCCGGCAGAGCAGCAUCAAGUCGCUGAAAAAGACCAGGAAGGGAGGCAGGAGCAGAAUGUACAGAGAGAUCCAGGAGUUUCUAGAAAACCUGCCAGAUUCUGAGUCUGUGUGAGUUCCUGAUAGCACAGGCUGCACAUCUGUGUGUUAACAGAUGCUUUAGGUUUUAAUAGAGAUAAUAUUAUAUCAGCAUCAUGAAGUAAUUUUUAUCUAACGCUAACUUGCUUUUAACCCUCUAAGUGCCAAAUUCGCAAAAUCUAUCUAUCAGCAUCUUUGAUUCUGGAGGGGAUUAUGUGCCUCCUGAGGAUGAUGAUUGGUCAUGAAAUGAUGAUGAUGAAAACUGUCAUCAGAUUAGCCCAUCCAUUAACAUAAUCACACUAAUAAUAGCCCAGUUAUUAUAUUUUUUACAUGUUUUUCAGACAGUAUGUGUCUCUAAACAGUACUGUAAUCGUGGUGACACUAAACAGUCUCUGGUGUUAUAAACAUGGUAACCAGAUUAUACUGUUAUAACAUACAAUGCUGUAAUUAAGCUGGAAUAAUAAACAAAUAUGUACAUACAAAAAU